AUGCAGGUCAAAACAGAUUCUCAAAGGUGGCGCUGGAAACAGACGCAAAUUGUGCUUAAUGGGUCGGGCCAAGCCGGUACAGUGGAAGUGGACGGCGAUCAAACUGACGGAAACGCUGUUUUGGCCCUCCUGACUUGUCCAUUCAUUCAGGCAGCUUCAUCCUUCAUAUUUCUCGCUCAGGAGUCAGAUAUUGCAGUGGCCGCUUUGACUAUCACUUACGAACGCGAAAAAGCGAUUGACUUCAGUCAUCCCUUCAUGACUUUGGGCGGCAGCAUCCUUUUCACGAGGCCGAAGAGUCAAAAACCCUCUCUUUUCUCCUUCCUUCAGCCGCUCUCUCCUGAGGUGAGCAGCUUUAUCCACGUUUUUCAGUAG